AUGCUUUUCGACCGGCGCCGCAGGUUCCGGCAGGACUACAUCGAGCAGAGAUGCGCUCGAUGUAUAUCCGUAUGCAACUCCUACGGGCUCUUCAACCUGCCCUGCCGCAACCAGAACAGAGUUGAGAUCAGCACCUCCGGGGAGUUCCUGCUGUGCUCCAGCAGAUCUUGCUUCUGCGUGAUACACGUGCCAUCGGAGAUCUACAGUGACCGUUCCGUGAGAAGACGCGGGGAAGAGUUCACGCCCUGCUCAUGCAACGCCAGCAGCGCGUCGUGCCCCUCGCCGUCACCAUGCGAGGUGUCACUCACGAAGCCGUUCACGUACAAGUCGAAGUGCAAUGACUGCGUGUGGUACACCGUCGACGAUGGCAUCUUCCUCUCUGCGGGUGACUCCAUGGUCAACGUGUGGGACCUCAACGUUCUGGAUAUCGCAUACACGUUCGGCCUGAAGCUGUCAACUGUGAAAAGGUUGGCGGUGGAGAAGUCGAACAGCACGAACCCCCUCAUCGCAGCCGGCCUCGCCUGCGGGUCCAUCGCAACAUGCGACAUGCGCGCCGGGACCACGUUCAACUACAGCAACGUGAAAGUAAACGCGGAAGUCACGGCGUUAUCUUUCCAGCCGCAUAAUCAAUAUCUGUUGGUAGCUGGCUACGAGGACACGUCGGUGUGCGUCUGGGACCUGCGGCGGCACAACAGACCGCUGGUAUCGCUGGGCAACCGGGGGAGUUCCGACAUCCUAUCCAUCGUGCACGGCUGCAGCGUGGCAUACGGCGAGAACGGAGGUGCCCUGUCCAAACCCCGAGAACUACCCAUCGCACUGUCUCAGGAUUUCGAAAAUGAAGACCAAAUAUGGUCCUACGUCAUGGGGACCACAAAGGGCCCGUCCAUCAAAGCGCAAGCAUCUCGGGAAGGCCCAUUGUCGCCGGCAGUUUCGGCUAAACAGUCCGAGGCGGAUUCUGUCCUGGGGAUCAAAAUUGGAGCCGGGCCAAGUUUGCCGCUGGACAGGCCGCCGCCCAAAACCAAGCGGCUUAGGAGCACGGUCUCUGUGACUGACCUGUUGAUGGGGAUGGACUCGAGUGCAGCGACUUCCACAUCCUCCAGCAGUGCAGCGUCCAGGGUGCCACAGCGGAGGACAAGAGGCCCGGCGGGCAGCAGCCUGAUGGCGAAGUACAAGCUUGUCGACCACAACAGGCGCCUGUACUCCGGUCCCGAUUCGACAGCACGGCCGGAGGCGCAACCCAGUGACGCUGGCCCUAGCCCCGUGCGUCCGCCGAGCACGGCACGCGGCCCGAAGACGCCCAAGUUCAAAGAACGAGGAAUGCCGACGGCGAUUGAAUGCAGCCCUGAGGGCAACUUCCUAUUCGUCGCACGUCACAAGGGCCACGUCGAGCAGUAUGACGGCAAGAACUACCGCGCCAUCAACCAGUUCGACAUCGACAGCCUCACCAAGCCCUACCAGACCGGCAGUCCGAAGAGCUAUGCGCAACGAAUGCAGCUCCACUCCAUCGCCAACGGCGACUACUUGCUCUUCAACGUCAGGGAGCAGCUGGCGGUACUGGACGUCCGCAAGGGCGCGCUGUUGAACGUGGUUGCCCUCCAGUGGGAGAACCACGAGUCUAUAGUGGAUGCAGGCGCCUCCAACGCCUCGGAUACCGUCCAGAUGGCGCAGAAGUACGUCACCGACUUCGCCGCCAUGAGGAGCAGGCAAGAUGUGUACGCGAUAAAUGAGCGCGGAGAGCUUUUUGUCUUACACCCAGACAAACGGGUGAUUUUCCGAACGCACGAAGAAGGAAGACAGCGUCAGCCUAACGGCCCGGAAGACAGAUGGUUAUAG